AACUUCCAAGAGGUUGUGAUAUGUUUUCAGUUAUGCGUCAAAUCUCAUUCUGCAUCCCUUGCCAGGCAUACGGCCAGUGUGGAGCAACAUGGAACUCCCCCUAUGGUCAUGAAUGGGACUCAAGUUGCUCGGGUAGUGGCAAGUCGGAACAACAAGUACAUAAAUGGCACAGCCGUAUUUGCAAAUGUAGGUUGGCGCACUCACACUCUGAUAAAACCCGAGGAUCUGCGAGAAGAUUUCAUGGGUCUCAUGGUUCUCCCUACCUGCUUCUCCCCACUUCCCAUCUCACUUGGCUUGGGUGCAUGUGGCAUGCCU